CGCCCAGCCGUGGAGGCUCAGCAUGGGCUGAGCCGGAGGCAUGUCCGCGUCUGACUCUAGUGCAGCGCUUCUCAGCGGCAAGGGUUCAGCUGAUUCCUACGCGAGCAGGCCCUCGGAUUCCGACCUGUCCCUGGAGGAGGACAAGCAGGCGUCUCGGCGAGAGGCCGAGCGCCAGGCCCUGCUGCAGCUCGAGCGAGCCAAGAUCAAACCUGUGGCUUUUGCGGUGAAGACCAAUGUGAGCUACUGUGGGGCGCUCGAUGAGGACUGUCCUCUGCAGGGUGCUGCCAUCAACUUUGAAGCCAAAGACUUUCUGCAUAUAAAGGAGAAGUACAGUAAUGACUGGUGGAUUGGGCGUCUGGUGAAGGAGGGGGCAGACAUCGCCUUCAUCCCCAGCCCUGUCAAACUGGAGGCCAUGCGCAUGAAGCAGGAACUCAAAGCUGCACAGAGGAGAACAGGAGGCAGUGCGCAGUCAGGUGGCUGGAGGUCCACGCCUCCCUCUUCAGCUAAACAGAAGCAGAAGCAGACUGAACAUGUACCGCCGUACGACGUGGUGCCGUCCAUGAGGCCCGUGGUGCUGGUCGGACCCUCCCUGAAAGGCUAUGAGGUGACUGAUAUGAUGCAGAAAGCUCUGUUUGACUUCCUGAAGCACAGGUUCGAUGGAAGAAUCUCCAUAACGAGAGUCACUGCGGAUCUGUCUCUAGCCAAGAGGUCUGUGCUCAAUAAGAAAGUACUGAUGGAGAGAUCCAACACACGCUCCAGUCUAGCGGAGGUGCAGAGUGAAAUAGAGAGGAUAUUUGAGUUGGCAAAGUCUUUGCAGUUAGUGGUGCUUGAUGCAGACACCAUCAACCACCCGGCACAGCUGAUGAAGACGUCCCUGGCCCCCAUCAUUGUCUACGUGAAGGUGUCCUCACCAAAGGUUCUUCAGAGACUCAUCAAGUCCCGGGGAAAGUCUCAGAGCAAGCACCUGAACGUGCAGAUGAUGGCAGGGGACAGACUUGCCCAGUGUCCAGUGGAAAUGUUCGACAUCAUCCUGGAUGAGAACCAGCUGGAGGACGCGUGUGAACACUUGGCUGAGUACCUGGACAUCUACUGGCGUGCCACUCACCUGCCGGGUUCAGCCCCCAUGAACCCCCGACUGGAGCAAAACAUAGCGACCCCACCCUCAGGCAACUCCAGCCAACAGUUCUCUGAGACUCAAGAAUUAAUUGAAUGAGUGCGACCACAAUUCUGACUCAGAGCAGAGUAGAGUGGAAUGAUCUAGAAGUCCCCUCUCAGUCCAUCUCUCAGAGGCUAGCCACUCUCUGUGCAUCCAUGGAAACGGGCGCUGAGCAGCUGCCCUCUGAGGUGGAGGAGGAGGAGGGACAGAGGAAGAGGAAGAGAUGUGGGUAUGUGAGGAAGAAUAUGCAACUCCACCACCCUGGGCACACAGAAGAGGGAAGCUUGAAGCCCACCCAGCACAGCCACAUGUGCCAGUCACCACAUCUCAGGACUGCUCCUCUGAAGCGCAAUACACACACACACACACACACCCACCCCAUUAUGGUGUCACAUAUUUAAAGCACACACAGCCCCACACCUGAUCCAGGCAGCCCAGCUCCUCAGCCAGACCCUGCCAACCAGGCACUGCUCUCUGGGGUGAGGUUGGCACUGAGCUCCGAGCCCUCCCACAGAGACAGGUCACACCCUCACACCCUACUGCCACCCUGCUCCACUCAACCCCAUCACCACCACCUCCUGCACUCAACCCCAUCACCACCUCCUGCGUGCUCCUGCUGGGCUCCUCACCUCUGCUUAUCACAGCUGCUCUUCACACCUCUCAGUCAUUCCGCUAUCUGCCCAAACUGCCUGAAAUAAGCGUCUCCUCACUAACGUCAGUCCACACAUAUCACACACAGAGGGCUAAAGCGAUAAGGCAUCAGCUGAUCAGGAGUGGAACAUCUGCACGCUCCCAGGGUCAUUUAAGUGUGGCCUCGUUUUGGAGAAGGAUGAGAGUUUACAUCUCACUUAUGGUCAGUAACGUGGCCAUGCUGGAUUCAUAAAUCGUACCUUUCAUAUCUGAUAUCUGAAGCUAUUUUAAGUAGAUGGGCUUAGAGAGACUCAGUGAAGGGAGUGAAAGAUGUGUCAUAUCUCAUCCUUUCAUCCUCUGACAUGCUCCCACUCCUUUUUUUUCUAACUCUCGUUAUUCUCAUUCUUUCAGUUUUUGCUUGUUUUUUUUUUUAUUCUUUAAAACAGUCCUUAUUUGUAUCAGUAACUAUUUUGCUUUCUUUUACACCAACAUUGCAGGACAGUGAGAUUAAUAAGAGAUGAAACGGGAGGGUAGAUAAAUGUGUUUUAAGUGGAUCUUCUGGAGUAGUCUUGUCACCUCUGAAAUAUUGCAGUCUCUGAUGUGGUACUAUGAAAAGUUUUCCGAGACUGCAGCAACACUUAGCGGUUGAUCGUUAUAGCUGCGGUUUUACGUGUAAAUAGGUGACACUGAGUUGAUGUGUCAGUGCACCUUCCCAAUGUCUCUGCUUUACAAAUCCUUACAGCUUCAUUUUGCCCUGGGCUAUUCAAGACACCGCCAACCGUAGUAAACGCGCUGGGUUUGAAUUAAACCACAGAAAGAAGAUAUCCCUGUCCUGAUAUUUGGUAAUGUUUGGUUUAUGCAGCUGCAUAUGCAAUUUAUGCAAUUGAAAUUACUUUUUAUUUAUUUAAUGGAUUCUGAGAGUGUCAAUAUAGGAAGGAAAAUUCUGCUUUUCUGUAUUGCAUGAUAUUUAAGAGUUUCACUCACAUAUCUGAUACUGUUGUUCAUGAAUUCCUGCCUGCUGUUUGCACACAAAGUUCAUGAAUGGCACAGUGACAUGAAUGUAUUUAAGAGACACCUCACAGGAUGAAGUGUAUCUUACUUGCAAGACAAUCAUCUGAUCUCCCACUAACAUAACCCACCGCAUACAUGCAUAUGAAACCAUCCUGUAUAAUAAAUCACCUACAUGCAUGCCAGCCAUAUCUGCAGUUAGCGUAGGCCUUUGAGGAGUUACUCUGAGCCCCAUGUGAGUGAAACUUUCUUGCCAGGAUCAUCACAGUGGGCUCAUUACAAACUGCUUGUAUACGUAUUAACGCUUAAAAGCACAUCAAAACAAAGUUGCAAAUAACCACCUUCCUUGCGUGUACUGUGCAUAUUUACCGGGGUUAUUUGUCUGUUUGGCACUAAAGUUGUAUGGGACCAUACAGAAUCUACUGCAGCUGGUGCUUUUGAGGUUACAUAGAGAGGCGUGAGGAGUUGUUUUGAAAAGGCAGUUGAGCAACAAGCCAAGCUAGUGAAUAUCUUCCUGCUCAGAGAUGCUCUACUGUUCAUACUGGCUUAUUUCUACUGAACACAUACAAAAAAAAAAAACAAUGUCUUUUGGGGCAUAAAGUAUGUUUGUAAUGUCAAUGUUAAUUUUAUUUACUGGUUGAUUUGGCCAUGUGACACAACUAAAUUCUGUAUGCAAUAUAAAUAUAAGCAGAAAGCAUCAAAGGUUUAGACUAUCAAAUAAUCUCCUCUAAUGAGCUGGUGAAAAUCAGUACGAUUGCACAUGUUUUUUUCUUUGUUUGUCUGGUUGUUUUUAAACUUCUGCUUUAUAAUGCAAUAAUGCACUAUGUAAGUGUGUAUAAUCCUCUUCUGAUAGUUUAUGUAAUGUCAGAAAUAAUUGGCAUUUACUUGGUAUUUAAAGAAAAUAAAUGGAACAGAUUUUCAACAAAAUACUACACUACCCAACAUCCUAUGCUGUAUGGAACAAUUCUCUGUUGUGGAAGAGAAAAAAACAAUAAAGAAUUACAAUACGGUAAAUA